AUGCGAUCGAAAAAAAAAGUUGUAAUUCAGCAUCUGGCUGAAAAGUUUGGUUUGGUUCCUAAAUCAAAACAUCAACGUAUCACGCUUCAACUUGCUGAUAAACUAAAAACUGAUGUCCAUAAUUUUUAUCAACGAGAUGAUAUAUCAUAUCAACUACCAGGUAAAAGAGACACAGUCGUUGUCAAGGACGAUGAUGGGAAAAAAGUAACAUAUCAAAAACGAAUUUUGAUUAAUAAUUUACGUGAAACGUAUGAAUUUUUUAAAGAUGAAAAUAAAAGUGUUGAUUUAAGUCGUUCAUCAUUUGCUGAUUUAAGGCCAGUAUUUGUUGUUUCGAAAUCUGCUUUAGCACAUAGAAAUUGUCUAUGCGUGUAUCAUGAAAAUGUACGAUUAUUGUUGAAAGAUUUUGAUAAAUACGUUGAUGGAACACACUGUUCAUCUUUGUCAACAUUUACUGAUAGCUUAGUUUGUAGUACUAAUAACGAAGAAUGCAUGUUUGGAUGUUGUUCUAUUUGUAAAGAUUUCUUUUCAGAAAACAUCCAGGAGAAUGUUUCAAAUAGUAAUAGUAAAAUUACUUGGUCACAAUGGGCCAGCAAAAACGGUCGUGUAGAAAAAAAUGAGUUCUCAGGAAGUGUUGAUGAAGCAAUUUUGAUGUUAAAAUCAAAAAUUGAAUUUUUUUGUUUCAUGUAUACAUUAAAAGAGAGCAGUCGAAGUAUUUUGAAAAAUUGA